AUGAGGUUGCUCCUCCCGUCGCUGCUCGCCGCGUUGGCGUGCACAGUCAACGCCGCGCACACCUCAAACUGGGCGGUCCUGGUCUCGACAUCGCGAUUCUGGUUCAACUAUCGACAUCUGGCAAACACUCUCUCGUUAUACCGAACAGUCAAACGCCUGGGAAUCCCCGAUUCACAGAUCAUUCUGAUGCUGCCUGAUGACAUGGCAUGCAACCCUCGCAACGCUUUUCCUGGCACAGUCUAUUCGAACUCCGACCGCAGGAUGGACCUCUAUGGCGAGAACGUCGAAGUGGACUAUCGAGGAUACGAAGUGACCGUCGAGAACUUCCUCCGUCUUAUGACCGAUCGGUGGGAGGACGGUGUACCCGCCAGCAAAAGGCUACAAACCGACGAAGGCAGCAACAUCCUCAUAUACAUGACAGGCCAUGGUGGCAGCGAGUUCCUCAAGUUUCAAGAUGCCGAAGAGAUCUCAAGCUGGGACCUCGCGGACGCAUUCGCGCAGAUGCAGCAAAAGAGGAGAUACAACGAGAUGCUCUUCAUGAUCGACACCUGUCAGGCCAACACAAUGUUCCGUCACUUUUACGCGCCGGGCGUCAUUGCUACAGGAUCCUCCGAGGAAGACGAAAGCUCCUACUCUCACCACGCCGACAACGACGUGGGAGUAGCUGUUAUCGAUCGCUGGACUUAUUACGUUCUGGACUUCCUCGAGACACAAGUCACAAGUCCAACUUCCGAGAAGACCCUGGGUGAUUUGUUUGACAGUUAUGAUGUCAAGAAGAUUCACUCCAAUCCUGGCGUAAGAUGGGACCUCUUCUCAGGUAACGAGCCAGUUGGCAGACAACGGAGGGUCGUCGAUUUCUUCGGCAACGUGCAGAAGGUCGAAGUUCAAGGCAACAACAGUAAUUCCCGAUCUCUGCAGGCCGAUCUGGACGGUCUGAUGGCACUUGUGCAAGAUUAUCAGCAGCAAGCCGCUCUACAGGAACAGAACAGGACAGAAGCGCUGCUGAGUCGGCCACCACAGAAGGCCACAGUGAACCGCAUGAGUCUUACAGACGAGAGCAAAUGGCUCCGGCAGGCUGGUGGGGCGACAAUUCUGUCUGGCCUUGCAGCUCUCUGGUAUUUCACACCGAAGAUAGUAUCCGCAACAGCAUAG